AUGAGGAGAAGAAGGUCUCUGGUUCGAGUCCUGGCCGAGGCUAAGGUUUUUUUUUGCUAUACUGAAUGAUCUGUUUGGAAACUCUGGACCACGAUAUGAAAGGAAGAAAAUUGACUUUGAGGAGACUGGUAAGAUGGCUCAGUUGGUAAGAGUCCAUGAUGAGGAUAAGAAGGUCUCUGGUUCGGUUCCUGACCGAAGCUGAGGCUUUUUGCUGUAUUCAAAAGAUUAUUUCUCUCGUUGAAACUUCUGGGAAACGACAUGAGAGGAAAGUAGAUCGAUUUGAAGCUAAUUGGUAAGAUGGCUCAGUUGGUAAGAGUCCAAGAUGAGAAGAGUUAGGUCUCUGAUUCGAGUCCUGAUCGAGGCUGAGGCUUUUUACUGUAUUUUAAAGAUAAAAUUACGUUUCGUAACUCCGGAAAACGAUACGAAAAGGAAGAAAAUCGAUCCAGAGGAAAUUGGAAAGAUGGCUCAGUUGGUAAGAGCUUAAGAUAAGAAUAAAUAGGUCUCGAGUUCGAGUCCUGUCCAAGUCUAAGUAUUUUUGCCGUAAAAUUAUUAUGCCUGUGGUUGAAAAAUCUGGAGAGCGACAUCAAAAAAAAAUCGACUCGGAGGAAAUUGAGAAGCUGGCUCAGUUGGUGAGCGUCCUAGAUGAGGAGAAUGAGGUCUCGAGUUCGAGUCCUGACAAAGGAUGAGGCUUUUCACUCUAUUCAAGUAGAUUUCUGGUUCUUGUUUUGAUAUUUCUAGUUGAAAACUCAGAAAAAUCAGAUUCGAGUUUUUUUGCUUUUUUUUGGUUUGGAAAACAUGGCAGACCUUAGUUAGUUAGUUGAAUCUUAUAGUCCGAAAAAGGUGCUUCAAAAUUCGAAAAGAUUGGAUGUAUGUUGAUAAAAAUCCGAGAUUUGAAUGAAAAGGCCGGAAAAUGUUUUUUGUUGCUGUUCUUCUGACAUCGUGAAAAUGGUUUUCAGUUGAAAUUUCAGGAAUAAAAAACUGCUACGCAAGAGACCUAUUGAGAAAAGCUGUGGCUAAAUAUGUAGGAAGACAGUUAAAAAGGAAAAAGUCAAGAUUUCGGACAUUGAGCUGAACUGAGCUUUCUGCUCUUUUAUUGAAACAAUUACAGCGAUUUUUAUCAUAUUUAUCAACGAAAAAAAUCCCGAAAAACAUAUUUAUCAGCUGAAACAGUAAAAAAAUUUUUUAACAUCAUUUCUCCCAAUAAAACUGAGCAUUUUUCAUCAAGAUUGAAUACAAUAGAAGAAAUUAGUUUUUUUUUCUUUUUUGGUUUGAAAAGUGAGAAAAAAAAUAAAGAAGAAAAAGUGGGCGGAGUCGAUUUCGAAAAACAAUAGUGUUUAUUGCAAAUAGAUCAAACUAUAAAAUCCAGGAAGAAAAAAAAAGUUCACUAAGAAGGUGAAAAAACAAGAAAAAGAAGAAAUUGAAAUUUUCGAAGAAAACGUGCUCCAUUGAGAAACGCGGUAAAUAGAUUAAUCAUGAAAAUAACAAGAAAAAUAAAGUUUGAACGCAUGAAGCGAUGAUAAAAAUUAUCAGAAAAAAUCAGGUCGAGUUUCAAAAAUGAAGUGAAUGCGCUCCAAUGCUAAAAGGCGAGAUGGCAAUUUUGAAAAAUUCAAAAAAGUUCCCGUUGUUUUUCCGAUGGAUCACUCAUAAGUUGGAAGAGAAAAAACUGUAUUUUCAGCCGGAAGAAACAUAAAUCGUUCUACUUUCCUACUUUUUCCUCGAUUCUUUUUGCAUUUGUUUGAGGGUCAAACAUAUCAUCGAGGAUAAUGUGCCGUGAUGUAGGUGACCUCGUUGCAUAAUUCGCUCGGCUGCACUUUUUUCUUGAUUUUACACGAGAAGACAGAAGAAAAAUGUUCUAUUGGAACAAAAAAAUGAAUAUUAAAAAAAAAGGAAAAAGUUGGAAGAGGUUGAAAAAAAAUUGAUUUUUUUUAGUUUUUCUUCCAGCGAAUGGGCUAGGAAAACUGCGUUUUCUAAAAAAUCCAAAAACUCCGCUGAAAUCCACGAAAUAUUAAAAACAGAGAAUCGAAUCUCGACAUCAAGCUUCUCACCACUUCUCACCGAAAAUUGGGAACCCACACCUUUUUUCCAAAUAUUCCACGACUCGGCUUAACCUCAACCAUUCAUUCGACUCAACUAUCAGUUCAGUUCUUUUGCCCAAACUCCAAAGGCCAAAAAUCUCUCAAAGCCUUCGAUCCAUCCAAUCGAUGGGAUGAAGCCUCCAAAGAGACGACAAGCAACGGAAUGGCGCUUCUUCUGGACAAUCAGAACUGGUUCUGGCCCCCCGUCAAGCUUCUCGGCGUCUCUCACGAUCCCGUGUUCUCUCUCGAGGAAUUUCCCAUGUUUGGAGAUGGAUAGGAAUGAAAAAAAGGAUUCAAAUUACGCUAGAAGAAAAAAUUCGAGCGAAAAUCAAUAUAACGCCUUAAGGAACUGUCCUAGAACUGCUGUUUCUUGCUCCAUGACUGAAACUCGAAAAACCAUAGAAAGUAAUUUUCAAAUAUUAUGUUGACCAAUUCAGUGAACAGUAAAAAGACAGUUUUUUCGUUAUUUACCAAAAUAUUGGAAAAAAAAUCUCUGCUUUAUAGAAAUCACACGACCUUUCUGUUUUUAUCAAUUAGACAAAAAGUUAUUUCAAAACUCGUAAAUGAUACUGAACUGAACUUAUAAGCCUUCGCGUUUCUUGAAAUUUCGAGCCAAACUCCGAGCUUAAACCGAAUUACUUCAAGAGAUAUUAGCACCAAAGUUUUCGGAAACUAACGAAACACUCAAAAUGGCUAUUAUCGCCCCAGCUUCAUUGGUCAGCCAUCACUCAUCACCGUCAAGCUAUCAGCAAGUUGGCAAGUUUCAAUAUUUCCGGUUCUUUUUUCUGUCAACGGCUUCUAUCUCUUAUAUCCUUUGAUCGCCUAGAGAAAAUUGCGCCGCUGGCUAGCCAAGUGCGGUUUUUAUCCAAUAUUUUCUUAGAGAUGUCUGAAGAUACACUAUGUUUGCCAUAGUGGAAAAAAUAAAAAGCUUGUUUCUUGGAACAGAUACCGUCAGAUGGGGUUAAUAAAGACGAAGAAAUCAGAAAGAGCUCGGAAGGUGAGAAAGAAGAAUAAAAAUUCAAAAAAUUAAAUAAAAGAUACACUAAAAAAAAAGAAUGACACGCAGACGGGAUAAAAACCAAACAAGCCCGGUGAACGGCUUUAGCGUGGCUUGAAAAUCGCAACACGAAGUAUUGGCUGAAGACAUAUUGCGCAAACAGGUUGCAAACUGAGGCGGGACGAGGCAAAGACGGCGAGGGUCCUCAGGAAAGCGGCCGAGAGGAUAAGUCGAGGUGGCGACGUAGACCGAAUGAGGGUCAACGAGUUGCCCAACUGUAUUAA